AUGGCGGGUGACCAAGGAGCCGGUGGCGGCAUAGAAAGCAACCGUCGCCAUAUGUCAACAUCGACCCGCAACGGCGAGAACGAGCCCAUUCAGGAGUCUGAGCCGCAGACCGGAAAGCAGACACAACAAGAGGAGGCGAAACCCCAGUUCAAGCAAUCGUCACAAGUCUCUCCUAGAGGCUUCAACCCACCCUCAAACACAUCAACGCCCACGACCGCACCUCUCAUGGCCAGAGCAUCAUCCAACAGUUCAACUGUGUCAACGCCGAAUGCGCCGACAGACAGCUACUUCGGAAGUGUGUCGGAGGUUAAGGCUUCCGCUCCCCGGAUCUCUCGGCCGAUUGAGCCCCCCGUGACAAAGGUGACCCUGAGCGAGUUAGAUGUUUGCAAAAUUAUGCACAACCCAAAGUUGCGUCACGAUAUCAACUUUGACCCGGAGUUGCACUUCCGCCCCAAUCUGGACGGCGACAAGGGCAAGAGGAAACAGCACAAGGCCGACCUUUUCUGGAACACCCUUCAAGAGCAGCUCAUUCAGUUUGUGAGCGAGCCAGAGUCCUUCUUCUCCGCACACGGCCAGGAUGAUGAUUGGUGUUUGCCGUCUUUGUUGAAGGCAGUCAAGGAAAUCAUUCAGACUUUGGUGCCUCAGAGAGACAGAGUUUACUUGGAUGAGGGGCUCAAUGUCGAUUUGCUGAUGCAGCAGUUCUACAGGGGAAUCGCAGACUUGGAAAAGCUGGCUCUUUGGCUUUCCCGAGUACUCAAAUCACACUGCGCUCCGAUGCGUGAUGAGUGGGUGGAUCAGAUGUAUACGCAGCUGAGCAAUGGAAACAGGACCAACAACGUUGAUGAGCUUGUCAAGGGCAUGAAGAGUCUGCUCAGUGUCUUGGAGGCUAUGAAGCUCGACGUCGCCAACCACCAGAUUCGCUGCCUUCGCCCGAUUCUUAUUGAGGGAACUAUUCCAUUUGAGCGCAAGUUCUUCGAGAAAAAGAUUCAGGGAAGCAAGCUAGACGUCACUCAAGCAAAUGCCUGGUAUAGGGAUGCCGAGCAGAGAUAUGCUGCUUCUGUGUCUCCCAUUGCCGCUCAUUCUUUCGGUGAGAUGUCGGUCUUCUUUGAAGCCAUCUCGCGCCUGGUCUUGCCCUCGGUACCCGAAAAGGCGUUGCCUAACACCUUCAUCUUUGACGAAGAGCGAUUUGGCAAGCUCCGGGCGGAUAUGUUGGAUGCCAUCAACUUGGAGGUCUGCAUGCGAAUGUACGACGACCUGGAGAGAGUCGGCCGAUUGAACGCACCCUUCUUCGCCAGCUCCUUCUCACAGUUCGACGACGAGCCUCGCAGCCGUCCUCUUUCCAUGACUCCCGACUUCAAUUUCAACACUCCGCCCUCGCGGCCGUCGAGUCUCGCCUUUAGCUCGGGCGACUCUGCCACUUCAUCGCCACGAUCUUCUCUCAUCCUGCCGCCUCAACCUACGUCCGAUCCCACCGAAUCUCUCGCCAAGGCCAGGGACGUCUACAACUCUUUGGUUGCUCUGCUCCACACCUCGCCGCCGCCGCGCAGGCACGAGUCUCGCUGGGAAGCCAUUGCUCCCUCGCUGGCCCUCCAAAUUUUCCGAUUCACCAACGCUCCCGCCGACAUGCUACCGGUUUUUGAGUCUAAGCUCGCUUCCCACGUUUGUGACAUCAACAGCCCAUUGUUUCAAGAGGCCGAGGCACACUUUCACCACAGGCUUUUGAUGGAGCUUCAGAAGCGGGUGCGCGAGUUCCGCGGGCUGACCGGAGUUGGUCUUUUCACCGUGGCCACUGGCGGCCGUGCCCAAGGCUCGGGACGAUCCAUCGGCAGUCCGGACCGCGAGAGCUCGGUCUCUGAUGGCAACCGCGAGACCCGGGACGACGGCGGAAUCGAGGACAUGGCGACUAGGCUGGCACACCUUGGUAUCCUCCACUGGAGAGUCUUCGCCGGCCUCGCAUACACGGAAGAAGAGCAGGCCGACAGCCUGAUGGAAAUGAACCAGUUCUAA